AUGAGUACAUUGCAGGAUUUCCAAAUCGCACCUGCAAUCCUCCAUCGUGUCACCGUUCGUGACGCUUCAGCAAUCUUGUUCUGUACUCUCCUUACUGUUUUUCUGUUCAUAUCACAAGGAACUGUCCGUGGAGUCAAACGAGUUGGAAAAUCUCGACUGCGGACGCUAGUGACUGGCGAAACACCUCUGAGAUUUGACCUGGAAAAAUAUGGCUAUCUGGGUUAUCAGCAGUUCUCCAAAAAGGCAAACAAGCCAUUUCUGGUGAAGAUCUAUGGUCUUGAUCACUAUGUUCUACCUGUCAAAUACCUUGACAGUUUGAAAACCGUAGAUCAUCACAGACUGAGUUUCGCGCAAAGUCUCAAUGAUUUCCUCAAUGUCGAUGCUUCGCUCGGCGAUUUAGUUACCCAUAGCGACAUGGAAAUAGCAGUUGUGACCAAGCAUUUGAACCCGAGGCUCACCACGCUCACUCCUGUGUUGGUGGACGAGGCCAACUUUGCAUUUGAAAAAGAACUGGGAAAGCUCGAAACAUGGAAAACGGUCAAUGCUCUCUUCCUGAGCGCCUUUCUCACCAACAGGACUUCAGGUCGCGUCCUUGUGGGGGAUCUGUGUCGAGACGAUAAUUAUCUCCACGCGAUGAUGAAAUAUACGGAGAGUGUUUUCUCUUCAGGAGUUGCCUUCAAUGGCAUUCCUCUCGGUCCUUUUCGGAAGAUUGUGUAUUAUCUGGGAGCGCGUCAGCAUCGACGAGAUCUAGAUAAUGCAGCCGCUCUCGUCCUUCCUGAAAUAAAGCGGCGGAUGGCAGCGCAAGCCGAAGACCCAAAUUGUCGAAAAGAGAAUGAUGCGAUUCAGUGGAACUUAGAUCUGCCACUGGCUUCCCCAAAGGAAGGAUUGCCACUCCGUCACGCCCACCGCGUUCUGCAUCUGUCCUUCGCCGCCACUGGCACAGUUGCAAUUCUCAUUACGCAUAUGAUAUACAAUGUACUCAUGUAUCCUGAAUACUUGGAGCCUCUCCGCGAAGAGGUUAUGGCCUGCACUAAAGCGCACGGCGGGUGGACAGAAAAGGCCAUGAACGAGAUGUGGAAAUUGGACAGUUUCAUUAGGGAGACUCUUCGAGUACAGCCACCCAGCGUUUUCACAGCAUAUCGCACUGUUAAAAACCAGCCAUUCACGUUUCCUGAUGGGUUCACCCUACCGGUUGGAUCGAGAAUUACUUUCCCGACCCUUCCAGUCGGUCUAGAUCCUGAGAACUAUGAGAGCGCUAGCGAAUUCGACGGGUUCCGUUUCUUCCGCAAGAGGGAAGAAGCGCGUUUGGCCAAAAAAGCGUACAAUUGGGGAGCGACUAAGAUUGACUCCUCUUUCCUUCCUUUUGGAUAUGGCAAUCAAGCUUGCCCAGGACGCUUCUUCGGAGUAAGAAAGACCAAGAUACUGUUCGGAAAAUUGAUUAAUGAUUAUGAUUUCUCUUGGGCCGAGCCUCGUUCGGCUCGACCAGAAAACAUCGUGAUAGAGGGCCAAAUUCUUGUUAAUCCGACACCGGAGAUUAAGAUUAAGAGCAGAGUGGCUGCUGGCAUGUAA